AUGUUGAAACAAAAGAUCUUCCAGUGUCUUGCACUUACUCAAGCUGUCAAUUUUGCUCUCUCUCUUACUCUACCUACCGGCGACGACGCGCCCUUCCUGCAAAUCAACGAUGAUGGCACCUCAGUUAUCGGCAAUAUCUUGUGGAAUGCAACCAUGACGUCCAACGGCGCGAAGCCAGCGUACUACAAAGGAAAGGAUAUCGUUUCCAAUGCGUCCGGAUUCUAUUUUAGCUUCGCCGGACAAUCCGAAGACUUCAAUUGGCAUAGUCCAAAGAUUGUCGAUGCCAGCACCGAUUGGAUUGAUGUUCAAUACGAAUCCAACUAUGGAAAUCUCCAUUGGGUCAUUGACCGCACCACCGCCGGUGCCUGGCAGUACUUCAUGAAUACUGCCCUUCCCCAUUCCCUUGGGGAAUUUCGAUGCCUGUGGCGACUUGACAAUGGCACAUUCACCCAUGGACAUAAUUACAUCAAGGAUGAAGUGCUUCCCACUCUUGCAGAGACGAACGAGGGCAUUGUUGUGCAGGAUUCUACCAACCAGCUUCCAAAUGGUACUUAUAUUACAAAAUAUGAUUGGAGCAGUUUCAUCAAUGUUCCAGAGGCAGGUUUCUGGGGCGUGUAUGGGGGCAGCUUCGGAAGUUGGUUCAUACACCCGUCCAAGGAAUAUAUCAACGGAGACCAUUUGAAGCAAGAAUUGAUGGUUCACCGUGAGAAUCCAUCUGGAGACACGGUGCAGCUCAACAUGCUUCAUGGCACACAUUUUAUGGAUGGGCCACGCGAUGAUCCUGCUGUCAAUCGGACAUGGGGACCCUGGCUCUGGUAUCUAAAUGACGGAGAGGCGAGCGAUGCUGCAACAAGAGCUGCAAAAGAGGUAGCGCAGUGGCCUUACGAUUUUCCAAGCAUGUCAAUCAACCCCGCAUAUCAGAGCAGAGCAUUAUCUGUCAAAGGCCGAAUUGUUCUUACAGACGAUACGCCAGCUGCCAAUGUCAGUGUCUUCCUCGGAGACAAUAGAUCUGAUGUCAAAACGCUUGAUCAGGGUACGAACUAUUACUACCGCGAGACCACCGAUAGUUCUGGAAACUUUCGCUUCACGGCCGUACGAAGCGGGACGUAUGGUCUUUACGCCUGGCCUGCGCAGGGCUCGCCUAUGGGCUAUAUCUCCACGAAUUUCACCGCUAAUGAUAUCUCCGUCACUGAAUCGUCGGAAUCUCUCGAUAUAGGCGUGUUUAAGUGGAAGCCUCAAGGUAGAGACUUGAUUUGGCAGCUCGGCACACUUGAUAGGCUCGCCAACGAAUUCAAGAACGGCGAUUCGGGCUAUCACCAUGGCCUCACUGACGAUUCUCCUGCCAAUCUAACAUUUAAGAUUGGAGAAUCUAAAGUGUCCGACUGGUACUACGUUCAGAGCGCGGAAGGCACAUGGACCAUCAAAUUCGACCUAAAUUCAACAUCUAACCUCGAUUCCGAGUCAAUAUUGACUGUGAGUGUGGCCGGUUACGGCGACAAAUGCUACAUCGAUAUUACAGCCCAGGGUGGAAGUGUUGAUUUAGGAGUCCUGGAGCAUCUUCAGGGCGAUCCAUCUACCUACCGUAGCUCGACGAGCAACGGUGUCUCGAGGGUAUACUUCUUUACCAUUCCAGCUGGCACGUUUGUGGUGGGAAGUAACACCAUAGAAUUUACAGUGACAAAUUCGAACAGAUGGAGAGGCUACAUGUGGGAUAGUAUACUGCUAGAAUGGGCAUAA